AUGGUUGUUGAGAAAAGUGGUAGCAACAAUCAUCACCAAACAUUUGAUCUAUCCAUUGAUCAACAAAUAGAUUCUAAGUUUUUCGACGACGAUGGUCGCGUCAAACGAACCGGCACAUCAUGGACGGCAAGUGCCCAUGUAAUAACAGCUGUGAUAGGAUCUGGAGUGCUGUCUCUAGCUUGGGCUAUAGCUCAGCUUGGAUGGAUUGCUGGUCCUAUUGUCAUGUUUCUCUUUGCUUGGGUUACUUAUUACACCUCCGUUCUUCUCUGUGAAUGUUAUCGUAAUGGCGAUCCCGUCAAUGGCAAGAGAAACUACACUUACAUGGAAGUUGUUCAUUCAAAUCUCGGUGGUUUUCAAGUCCAGUUAUGUGGGCUAAUUCAGUAUCUCAACCUUGUCGGAACUGCAAUUGGAUACACGGUAGCUUCUGCCAUAAGCAUGAUGGCAAUUGUAAGGUCAAAUUGUUUUCAUAGGAGUGGAGGAAAAGAUCCAUGUCAUAUGAACAGCAACGUUUACAUGAUUGCAUUUGGUGCUGUGCAAAUUAUAUUCUCUCAAAUUCCUGAUUUUGAUCAAUUAUGGUGGCUUUCCAUUGUUGCUGCUGUUAUGUCCUUUACAUAUUCCACAAUUGGUCUUGGCCUUGGUAUUGGAAAAGUCAUAGAGAACAAAAAGUUUGCUGGAACCAUUACUGGAGUAAACGAGGUGACAAAAGCUCAGAAAACUUGGGGGAGUUUGCAAGCUCUUGGUGACAUAGCUUUUGCUUACUCAUUCUCCAUGAUUCUUAUUGAAAUUCAGGACACGGUAAAAGCACCACCUCCGUCAGAGUCGAAAACAAUGAAAAAGGCUACAAUAAUCAGUGUUACAGUGACAACAAUUUUCUACAUGCUUUGCGGUUGUUUCGGAUACGCCGCGUUUGGAAAUUCAAGUCCCGGAAAUCUUUUAACCGGUUUUGGAUUCUAUAACCCAUUUUGGCUCCUUGACAUAGCCAAUGCUGCCAUAGUGAUCCACCUUAUUGGUGCAUACCAAGUUUAUUGUCAACCCCUUUUUGCUUUUGUCGAAAAUUACACGGCGAAAAGAUUCCCAGACAGUGAUUUUGUGAACAAGAACAUAAAGAUUCCAAUUCCCGGUUUAAAUAGGUAUAAACUUAACCUUUUUAGAUUGGUUUGGAGGACAGUUUUUGUAAUAGUAGCCACUUUGGUAUCAAUGCUCCUUCCAUUCUUCAAUGAUAUUGUUGGACUUCUUGGUGCAAUUGGAUUUUGGCCUCUAACUGUUUAUUUCCCGGUGGAAAUGUAUAUAGUUCAAAAGAAAAUACCAAAGUGGAGCUCAAAAUGGAUUUGUCUUCAAUUGCUUAGUGGUGCUUGUUUUAUAAUCACUAUAGCUGCUACAAUUGGUUCUAUUGCUGGGAUUACUCUUGAUCUUAAAGUUUUUAAGCCAUUCAAAACUACCUAUUGA